CUGAGAUCAGAUAAUUGCAUAGGGCACGUCCAACGCUGUCAACAGUCAACACUUCACUUAUGCCUCGCUCCAACCUAGCUAGAAGCCACUACUUAUAUGCGGGCUUGCACAGCCAUCCAGGAGUAGCACUUUGACCUGAAGAGUGUCGGGAAGGACGAGGACACCCCGAUCACACACAUCGCCCUGUCAUGGGAGGAAGACCGAAUCAGACUCAGAGUGUGACUUCGCUCGUGACGUUCGCAUCCAGUACUCUUUAGAACAGAAUCGCUCACAAUAUUAUGACUUUCGUAUGACUAUGGCUUGCUCAUGCUAGCUCAGUCUGAGCAGGAAGAAGACGAUAGCUUGCCGGAACCUGGGUCGCAGGUACCUUCGGGCCCGUGCUGCUGCUGCCGUUUGGCCUGGCACGGCCGAGCGUGGCCUUGGCGGCAAUGAAUUGCUUCCUGUGGUCGCCCAAGCCUGCACCAGCAGCAGUGUACUGGUGGUGCUGGUCAACCCUACUCUACUUCCUGGCUGCUGACGGACAAGUGGAAGCAUCCCAUCCGGCUAGACAGGCAACCAUCCCGCCAUCCAAAGAUGAGACUGCCAUCAUUCCAUGCCCUAAGGGCUGCUCAUGCCGUAAUGACUGGAAGAAAUCGAUAGAAUGCAAGAGCAUUGGGUGGACAGAGCUUCCCAAGUUCCCACCAAAUGUACAACACCUAAUCAUCACAGGUAACAGCAUUCGAAGAUUAAGUCGAGAAUCUGGCCUAUACAAUCUGCCCCGCUUGAGAGACUUUACCUUCGACAAUAACGGACUCAAGCGCGUUGAGGAGGGCACGUUUCCGCCUUGGGUGCGUAUGGUCUCCCUGGAUGGCAAUCUGUUGACUAAAAUAUCAGCUACAGCGUUCCGCGAGACGAACAUCAAGACACUACACAUUGCGCAUAACAAAAUUCGCCUGGUCCGACAUGAUGCAUUUCCACUUGGUCUUGAAUUUCUUAACAUCAGUGGCAAUCGGCUCGACAGAGUUAAAAAAGGAUUUCUUGACUACCUGCCCAAUCUUGUCUACCUCUACCUCUACAAUAACAAGAUUGACACUAUUGAGCACCAUGCUUUGCCCAGCUCUCUCAGGACACUUGGACUGGGAUUCAACAAGUUGCAGCGCCUGGGCAAUGAGCUCUCCAACCUACGGAUGUUGAAGAACCUCUUCUUGAAUAACAAUGGAAUGAAGAGCCUGGGCCACAACGCAUUUCACCACCUACGUGAGUUGUGUGAGCUGAGUCUGAUGAAAAACCAGCUGACCGAGUUUCACCCGGAGCAGUUCGCUUUGCUGCACAACUUGACAACUCUAAAUAUCUUCAAGAAUAAAAUACGCAGACUGCCCAAGUCAGCCCUUCCACUCAACUACAAAUUAACACGCCUGUACCUGCAGCAAAAUCCAUACCAUUGCGAUUGCUCAGUAAGAUGGCUGGCAGACCUGAUGAGGGACUAUACAAGCGUCGACUACACUAGUCACUUUCAUGACAACUACAUGUCCGGGAAGAAAAAAAAAGAAGACCCCCCUGCGCCUGAGAGUAUAUUCUGCAGUAGUCCACCUGCGUUCCAGAACUGUCCGCUGGUUACGAUUGACUUCGAUUGCCCUCUCAUGAACUGCAGUGGAAAUGCAAGAUACGACGGGCCUUGGGAGCCCAGUACGCUGUCACCGAUAUUCACCGACACGUGUGGACCACAGCACCAGCAAGUUAUUGCCGCUGCAUCGGGAUCAUUGCUGCCACCGCCCACGACGGCCACCACCACCAUCAGAAGCAGCAGCAGGCAAAGUAGCACAACCCCUACACAAUUGCAUGACGACACGGCAUGGAGCACAAAUACUGUCAGCAUGCAGGAACGCGGUGCCAGCCGCGGUAGCAGCAGCAGCAGUGCACCAAGUAACAACCCAGUGGGGCGUCAGUCAGCAGCAUCACUUCUCCUCUGUGCCUGGCUGCUAGCUGUGCUGCUGGAGAGCAAUCUCCUGUAGGCAAAUAUCUACAGCAGCCGCUCAGUCUCAUCCCUACUACUAGUAGAUACUUCAUUGUCACCAUGGUUACCUGGGACCAUUACAUCAUCCAUCCAUUUUCUAUUACUAGAGGCUAUGUCAUGCAGUGAUAAAAUCCCCCCACCCCCACCCUGUCAUGUGGCCACUAUUCUUGAGAAAAAGACAGAAAUAAGUUGAGAUUCGUUUUGUCUAAGUAUUAUGAGCACUGCGCUGCUGAUGCUCAAGUUCUUGAUUGCGUAACCAUGGUAACGCUGUGCUCAGCCUGAGCACAGCGUGCUGCAACAAUCCAAGUGGCACGGUACAAGCCGCAGCACUGAACAGGAGAGGUGUACUGUGACACGCAGA